CAUUUUCAAAUGAGCCGCAGACCAAAGCGAAUUGCUAAAGCGCGUUUGUGCGCAGUUCAGAUACGCGAGUGAGACUCCAGUGGGAUUGCAAAAUUACAACAAUAAUAAAAAAGACUAAAAUUAAAUUUAAAGUCCGUGCAAUAAAAUUGUGAAAAUCAAAGUGCCAAUUACCAAGCAGCAGACAUGGAACGAAUUCUAAGAGGAAUUAUGCGUUAUCGCAACACGACCAGGGAGCAAAUGGUCAAAGAGUUUCAGAAAGUUCGCGACAAUCCAGAGCCAAAGGCCGUAUUUUUCACCUGCAUGGACAGUCGCAUGAUACCCACGAGAUAUACGGACACGCAUGUUGGCGACAUGUUUGUGGUACGUAAUGCGGGAAAUCUGAUACCACAUGCUCAGCACUUUCAGGACGAGUACUUUAGCUGUGAGCCAGCGGCAUUGGAGCUGGGAUGUGUGGUGAACGACAUCAGACACAUCAUUGUUUGUGGCCACAGCGAUUGCAAGGCCAUGAAUUUGUUGUAUCAAUUGCGUGAUCCCGAAUUCGCAUCCAAGCUCAAUCGAAGACUUUCGCCACUGCGAUCUUGGCUGUGCACACAUGCCAACACCAGCUUGGAAAGAUUUCAGGAGUGGUAUGCUGCGGGCAUGAAGGAUCCACUACUAUUCUCUUCCGAAACACCAUUGCGUCGCUUUGUGGCCUACAUUGAUUUGGAACAUCGAUUUGCACUCGAAGAUAAACUAUCUCAAAUCAAUACCCUGCAACAAAUGUCCAACAUAGCCUCAUAUGGAUUCCUCAAGGCGCGCCUAGAGUCACAUGAUCUGCACAUCCACGCUCUGUGGUUUGACAUCUACACGGGAGACAUCUAUUACUUCAGUCGUGGAGCGAAACGAUUCGUUGCCGUCGAUGAAUCGAGUGUAGAACAAUUGUCGGCCGAGGUGAGACGCUUCUACUCCUAA